AGAAUGAUAUGGCUCAUUAUAAUAAAGGUAUUGCUUUUAAUUAAUAACUAUUAAUAGGAUCAGCAUUAGAAGAAUUAAAAUAAUAUAAAGAUGCUAUAGUGUGCUAUGAUAAAGCAAUAAAUUUAAAUCCUAAGAAUGCUAAUGCAUAUAACAAUAAAGGUUGAAUAUUCAUAAUAUUUAAUAGCUUCUGCUUUACAUGAAAUGAAAUAAUAUAAAAAAGCCAUUGAGUUUCAUGAUAAUGCUUUGAGCCUCGGUCAAAAUGCUAUUUUUUUUUUAAAUAAAGGUAUAAAAUAAAAUAUUAAUAAUAUUUUUAGCUGAAAGUUUACUUGCUUUGGGGAAAAAAGAAGAAGCUAAAAAGUAUUAUUAAAUUGCACUUAAUGCAGAAUGUGCAAAUAAAGGUUAAAUAAAGUAAUAACUAUAAACAUUAUGA